UUGUGGGUAGUUUUCUAGUUCAGGGUGAAUAGCCAGGCGAUGUAAGAUGGCGGUGAAUAGUAGGUCUAAGAAUUUACAAGCAAUGAACAUUACGUCGUUAUUUAGUCGAAUACACGGCGCAUUUUCCGAAGCGAUGGCACCUCCCAAGUUUGUGAUCGACCGACGGACUAUCGAGAAGACGUGGAAGCUUAUGGACAAAGUGGUCAAGCUGUGCCAGCACUCGCGAAUGAACCUAAAAAAUAGCCCGCCGUUCAUUUUGGACAUCCUGCCGGAUACGUACCAGCAUCUGCGGGUGAUCUACAGUAAGCACGAAGACAAAAUGCACUUGCUGAACGACAACGAGUACUUUCGUGUGUUCAUUGAGAACCUGAACAGGAAGUGCAAACAGGCGAUCAAGCUUUUCAAGGAGGGAAAAGAGAGGAUGUUCGACGAGACGUCGCACUUUCGGAGGAACCUCACCAAACUGAGCCUAGUGUUUAGCCACAUGCUGUCCGAACUGAAAGCCAUUUACCCCAACGGCGUUUUUUGUGGCGACACUUUUCGGAUAACCAAAAGUGACGCGUCCGAGUUCUGGAAAAACGCGUUCGGGGACCGGACUGUCGUAGCGUGGCGGGUUUUUCGACAAACGCUUCACGAAGUCCAUCCCAUCAGUUCUGGGCUUGAAGCAAUGGCACUCAAGUCCACCAUUGACCUCACCUGCAAUGACUAUAUUUCAAAUUUCGAGUUUGAUGUGUUCACAAGGUUAUUUCAGCCCUGGUCAACACUUCUUAGAAAUUGGCAAAUCCUGGCAGUUACCCACCCUGGCUAUGUUGCCUUCCUUACAUAUGAUGAGGUCAAGGCACGUCUGUACAAAUACAUUAACAAGCCAGGAAGCUACGUAUUCCGGCUAAGCUGUACAAGGCUGGGCCAGUGGGCCAUUGGCUACGUCACAGCUGAGGGAAACAUCUUGCAGACCAUUCCACAAAACAAAUCCCUGUGCCAAGCACUUCUCGACGGCUAUCGGGAAGGAUUCUACCUCUACCCAGAUGGGCGCAACGUCAACCCCGACCUGAGUUGGGCCGUCCAGGCGACACCCGAAGACCACAUCAAGGUGACACAAGAGCAGUACGAGCUCUACUGUGAGAUGGGCUCCACCUUCCAACUGUGCAAGAUCUGUGCCGAGAAUGACAAGGACAUCCGCAUCGAGCCCUGCGGGCAUCUGCUCUGCACACCAUGCCUAACCUCCUGGCAGGAUUCUGAAGGCCAAGGCUGCCCCUUCUGCCGAGCAGAGAUCAAAGGGACCGAGCAGGUAGUGGUCGACCCAUUUGACCCGACGGGCCGAACAGUGCGCAAGACCGACCUGCAGAACUACAAUCACCCCAACAGCCUGGUUGACCUUGAUGACGAUGAGCCUUUCGAGGACCCAAACACGUGGACAUCGUCAUUACAAGCCCUGGCCCUUUCACCAAGAAGUGAAACAGCUGAUGGGAGCAGGUCAUGUAGCCGUUCUCCUCUGGUGUCACCACAUUCAUCCCCCAUGGUGACCCGUCGCAUUGCGACUACUGCACCGCCUCCCGUGCCACCACGGAGAGCAUCGCCCACGAACACUCCUGGGCAGUCACCCGGCACCUCACCAAGGCACCAAACCCUGUUUAGGCCUGGUACAGAUGAGUACAUCAAUGGGGGAGCACCUUCUCGAACCUCCAGUACGCCUCAAAGUUCACCCGAGAACUCCGGCACUAGUGUGACAUACUCAGAAGUCCAGCAUGACAUGGGCCUCUUCGCCAGGAGCUCGUGUUCAGGUUCGAGCUCCAACCCCGGCUCGGCCUCGAGCUCAAGCUCUGGUUGUUGCCUAGGUCCCCGACCUUCCUCCUCCUUCCCCCCUACCAUCGUCACUCUGGCUCCGUCACCGCCCAACACCAAUGGGACGUGGCCCGGUGGUGGAAACAGCGCACUCCUGCAGCGUGCACCCUCACCCCUGCCAGCGCCAAGCAUCCAUUAUGCCGAACUGGCUGAGCUGUUUGAGGAGCCCAGCUACGCCAACACAGAACUCAGCGCUGCUACUGGGCAUGCUGCAAUUCCUGUUCCUCGUCAAACAGAGUCGUCCUCUUUGGACUCCCUACUGUGUUCACCUCUCCCCGGAUCAGCGAAUGGAUCUGUGGGAACUAGCCAGAAAAUUGAGAAGAGGCUACGAAUGUUGAGACCACUCGGCACAAGUGCCCUGGAAAACAAGGAAAACGACCGAGUGAGCUACGAGAAUCUUCAUAUGGACUACAUAUCGGAGCUCACAUCUGAGGGCUACGCGCAGGACGCUGUAAUUCGCGCUCUGGGUAUCGCACGGAACGACUUGCAAAUGGCAAGGGAUAUCUUGCACGAAUUUGCCGGCAAGAACAAGUAAGGAGCCACGCGUCGCUUCUCUAGCAACAAAACUCAAGGAGACGGGACAUACGGACCUCUGCGUGCAAGAUGGCAUGUCUGAUCCAAGGGUGCAACGACUGGUGUGUUGCGACUUUGUGGGACUGAUGAACAAUGAAGUGCUGGGUUUCAACAUAACAGUGUUGUCGUUGACUGGAGAAGAGUGAGCCAAAGGUGUGUUACCUAGGAUGGAAACCUAGAUGACAUGCAAGGAAGGUUCAGAAGGAGUGUGUUCCUCUUCUUUUACUGGCCCCAAGAUAACACUCCUAUUUUUUCAGAACUUGAAGCUAGCCAUCCCAAUGUCUGCAAGUAGUGAACACCUGCAUUCAUGUUGUUUGUUGAAGGGCUUUACAACAUUUUCACAGCGUUAAGUUAGAAAGCUGGAAACAGUUUUUUUAGGUGAGUUUUUGUAGCUCUCUUUCUUUUCUUCCUUCUUUGCCAAAAAAGGCAAGGUGCAGUUAUGCAAGUUCAGUACUCCACCUACAAGUCUUUUUCUCUGGAAUGUAGUAUUAAUUCGCCUUCAACAAGGAACACUGGAGCUUAGAGCGAAUAAGUUUAUUUUUUAAACGUUUGCCGUUCGAAGUUCUGCGCAUGACGUUUGCAUGCUAGUCACUUUUUCAGACAAUGCAAAGUACAGAAGCAGGGCUAUUUUUUUUCUUUGCAUCUUUUUGUGAUCACGUUUUACAUAGUUUUGAAAGUCACAAAGGCUCAUUCUGAUUUUAUGUGCGUGCUUGUACAGCAUUUAUACAUGAGUGUUAUCAUAUCACAUUCAUAUUGAAUGUUUUUAAUUCAAGCGUUAGCAUUGUACCGCUAUUAGACGCUUCACCAGAGGCAGGGUUGGCCAGCCGUGUGUGGCUGCAACAAAUAUGCCCAAUGCAUAGGGCUGGCUCCCUGCAUCGUACUUCAGUAUGUUUUUAUGAAUACUGUGAUUUGAGCCGCGGCGAUAACUUAUUCCAAGGAUGCACGUGAUGCAAUUACAUAACCGUGUGGACAGCGUGCUGCGGGGCUCUUUGUUCUUGCCUGUCAUUAUUGUUUUUCCCCUUGUCAUUCUUCAGUAGCAUUGAUGAUUUUAUACCAUCCUGAUUUACAUUGGAUAUACUAUACAUCUGUCGCACGGCGCAGCCACUCGAGUUCAAACUGUACAUUGUACUUGUCGUCACCCUACGAGAUCUUGUAUAUUGUGGCAUUGAUCAACAGUUGCAAUUUAGACAUGCAUGGGAGACAAUAUCUUGCCUGCAUGACUAGUUUGGCUUUAAAUCCUUUGGUGUUUAGCAUGGUUUGUACAGUAUUAUGAGUCAUAGCCAACUUUGAAUGAUCGCAAUUCUUAUAAGUUGACGCAGAAUUCACUGCUAAAAAUAUUUAGGUUGUAGUACUGGUUAGAUAGAAGAGGUGAUCUCGAUAACCACCAUGCUAGUUGGCAUAGUUGAUCAAAGAAGCCCUGCACACUGUGUCAUUAGUAUGCAUGGGUAUUUAUUUAAUUCACGCUUUCUUUUAUUUGGAAGGGAAGAAAAUACGUAGGAAUACCUGUGUUUGUGCACGAGCUGGUAAUAAUAUAGAUAACUUUUAGUAAAGAGAAUUGCGUAGGUACUAUAAAGCCUUUAUGUCAAGCAUGAAAGGCCUUGUUGUAUCUGUUACAAGGUUGGGCUCCGCCAUGGAGCUCGUGUCUAAUAUAUAAUCACUCAACAUGUUGUACAGAAAAAAGACACGACAGUUUGACUGGUGACUGUAGUCAUCAAAACAAACAAAAAAAAAAUUGAGGUAUAAGUACAACUCUCAUGCCCAUCAGAUCAUUCGUUGAUAUCAUGCACAUCAUGGUCACUCUUGUACGCUUCUCUGGUGUGACGUUCCGAGAUUUGUCCCUUCACCCCUUAUUCAGCGUUAACGAACUUUCAGCUCUCCGUCUCGUAACAUAUUGUACGUGCGUGUGUGUGCAUGUUUAACUGUGUGUUCAGCUUACGAAAUCCUGAACAGUACGACGUUAUGUGUUACAUAGCAGGCUGUCUUACAAACGAAACGGGAUGUGGGUAGUCUGAAUUGGGCACCAAAGCAUACCUGCAGUGAGGAUAUAUGUCUCCUGAACUAUGUAGAGACCUCCUCACAUAAAAGCUAAACUGCAGCCUCUGCUGCAUAGUUAAUGCAACAUCUAUCCUGGAAUCAAUGAAAACUCAAUUAGACUAGGUGAAAGUCAAGCUUUGCUAUUAGGAUGGUUUUCUGUAUGUAGGGUUCUGCAUUUUUCACUUUCACCUUUUACAAAUUAAGCUUUUUCGUAUUUAUUUUUAGUAGUAUUUCUUGGAAGAGCACAUUUUCUGUUUCCUUUAUGAUAGCAUGGUUCCCACAAAAUCUAACAGUAGUUUCUCCUGUUGUUUGCUAAAUUUAUUUGCGUCUGAUUACUUGCGUGAAAAUCUACCUUUUUUUUCUUCUUUGAUAUGUGAAACCUAAAACACUUUUACUUAUUUGGCAUAUUGUGUGUUGUUUUUAUCAGGGACAAUUUUACACCCCUGUAUCGGAAGUGAUAAUGUCGAUGUUGUUAACACAAUAAUGGUUGUGGCAAAACACUUUUAUCGCAGACCAUGUGCAACCACCACUUGUAUUUAUCUUGUAAAUAAUCUAAAAAGGUGUGCUAACUCCAAAUUGUGGCAAUAAGCGUUGUGCCAUAAGUGAUAAGUUAACUGUUGUGUGAGGCAUGCCUAUACGUAGGAUUGAUUAAGCGCAACACACUUAAAACAUUAACAUUGUCAUUGACAAGUAUUUGUUCACCUUGUUUACAAGCAACACUGAAUUUUCAUUUAUCUAUUUUUCAUAGUUGGCAACUAAUUUAUGAUACCUAGAGGUAUGGUAUCAGGAGUAACAACUGUGAACUCAAGUGCUUCUUUGAUAAAUGAAUUGAAACGUUAUUUUAAGUGUGCACAUCUUUCAUGUAAUGAAACACCAAAGGAGGUUAACUUGCAAUGAGUUUGCCACACAUUUUAAUUAUUUUAUUUUUAGUACCAUCGGUACAUUCACAAUAUUCUUGUAUACUUACUGUUUUCGCUCAGAAAAAAAAAACCCAACUCUUAGAAAUGAUAAUGGCACACUUUUUUUCAGUGUUGUUUGUUCAUAGUUACCAAAGAUGCUGAACCCUACAUCUAUGACAACAUGAUCAGGAAUGAAUUUGACAAAUUUUGUAUCACGUUAGAUAGCUUUUUCUGUUAAUUAUGCUAAAAUAGGAGUGGUUUUCUCAGCCUGCACUGCAUGGUAUGGAGGUAGUGAAGCAAGUUGGUCUGUGGGUUUCUUGUCACCUUUGUGGAUUUGCGUGUAAUGGGGUGCCUACUAUCAUAGUACAUUAUAAAGGCUUGCAUAAAGAAUGCUGUAUGAUGUGCUUCCAUGAUUGAAAGGACACGUUAUUGAGUGAAGUUUGGUCGAGCGUAAAUGUCUGUGGCGGGCGUCGUGACAAAAGCACCGAAAGUGAUUCAUCAUCUUUCUUUUGCAAAGGCAAAACAGAGUGUUUCUAGGUUUGCUUCUUCUCGUUAAUGAAUGCUCUAAAUCUGGUCUCCAGCACGACCAAGUACGUUAUGUUGAAAUUACUUUAGUGCUGGAAAACUCAACGUGCACUCACAAGAAUUAAAAUAAAAUUGUGUGCCAACCCUUU